UUCAUCGUGAUAUUUUUAUUACUUAAAUUUAAAACAAUGGGAAAACAAAUUAUACUAUAUUUUUUAUUGGCUGGAUUGUCACUUAGUCGUGCAGAUGUAGUGCAAGGUGAACGAAGCAAUAGAAUAUUGGAAGGAAAUGUAGCAGCAGAAGGCGAAUUUCCAUAUGCGGUGUCCAUACAAAUGUUAGGAGCACCCCAGUUGACAAACACAAGAGGACAUAAGUGUAGUGGUGCACUUAUUUCAUUACAACAUGUCGUAACAACAGCUGUCUGUCUCUAUGACUUCGUGCAAAACGUUCCUGUUCCUAUAAACCCUACACAAUACCGAGUAUUUGCAGGUGCUACUGUCCUGACGAACGACACGACAGAUCGAGUAAGGGGAAUUGUAGACUAUGUAGUUCACCCGCGAUACACGGGACCUCCAGCAUUUGUCAAUAAUAUUGCUGUCCUUACAUUAGCGUCACCUUUUGCUAAAACGGUGGUAAGACCAAUAUCGUUACCAUCUUCAAAUUUCGCCCCUGCUGACUUCACACUAUGCACUGUAACUGGAUGGGGCGCAUAUAAUAGAUCAACGCCGUAUCUAUCUAGCGUAAGACAGAGAUACGCAACUAAAUACGUGUACAAUCAAGAUGUAUGUACUGGGAUCUUCAACACUAUUGAGCACAGCCCAAACAUUUUGCCUAGUAUGAUUUGCGCUGCGUCUUAUGACCUCUUGUCUUCUAAUUGCUUCGGAGACGAUGGCAAUUCCUUAGUGUGCAAUGGCGUAUUUACUGGAGUGCUGUCUGUAGGGCACCAAUGCGAGCUAUCAAGUUUUCCCGAAAUUUACACUAGAAUAUCUAACUAUACUACAUGGAUACGAGGCAUAUCGGGAGCGGGAACAACUUGUAGCCAUAGUAUUUUCACUAUGAUUACAGUGUUUUCAAUUAUUCAGAUUUAUUUAAGUAUGUAAGUUAAGCGGUUAAAGUUUCUGACGAAAAGUAAACAAGAGCAAGCAUCCGAAGCGUAUGUAUAGUAAUGUAAAAUAUAAAAUAUUUCUUAGUGAAAUUAAAUUUAUUUGUGA